AUGUGUAGUAGUAAAGGUUUAUCAGUAUUUGUGUUUGUAUUCCUUCUUUUAUUGCAUGGAAACUGCAUUGAAUUUGAAGUUGGUGAUACAAACAAUUUAACAAAAGGAUGGCAAGUUCCUCCUUUAAACCACCCUCAUGUCUACAACCAAUGGGCUCAGAAUAACCGUUUCAAGGUCAAUGAUACCCUCCACUUCACGUACAAGAAAGACUCGGUAAUGGUGGUAACAGAUUCAGAAUACGACAAAUGUAAAUGCAGUCAGCCUCUAUACUUCUCUAACAAUGGAGACACAAGGGUGGUGUUAGAUAGGCCUGGCUUAUUCUUCUUUAUGAGCGGCGUAACAGGCCAUUGUGAGCGUGGUCAGAAGAUGAUUGUCAAGGUCUUAGACGUUGAAACCCCACCUCAAUCCCAUCAUAAGAAUGCUGCCCUUCGUUUGAUCCAAAUGAAGCCCAUUAUGAUUGGCUAUUUCCUUUUGUAUUUUACUCUCUCUUUCAUUUUAGACUUUAUCGACUUUAUUAAAUUUUUUGAGCAAGUCUUGUAUGAGAUCUUCUUAUUGUGA